AUGGCUUCUGGAUCGUCGGGUACGAAGGGGUUCGAUUUCGCCACCGAUGACAUUCUUUGUUCGUACGAGGAUUAUGCGAACCAGGAAAGUUCUAAUGGAAACCACUCUGAUCCUGUAAUUGGAACCAAUCCCACUAAGGAAUUCCAUAAAAGCAGAAUGACAAGAUCAUCUAUGUUUCCAGCUGCCGCCAAUGGUCCGCCAGAGGAAUCUUUCAACCAAGAUGUGAUCUCUACUGUUGAGAAGACCAUGAAGAAAUAUGCUGACAAUCUCAUGCGUUUUCUAGAGGGAAUUAGCUCACGUCUGUCGCAAUUAGAAUUAUAUUGCUACAACCUUGACAAAUCCAUUGGAGAAAUGCGUUCUGAUUUAGUUCGUGAUAAUGGGGAGGCUGACUCAAAACUCAAAUCUCUUGAAAAGCACCUCCAAGAGGUUCGCAAGUCUGUACAGAUCCUAAGAGACAAGCAAGAACUUGCUGAAACCCAGAAGGAACUAGCCAAGCUUCAGCUUGCAAACAAAGAAUCCUCUUCUGCAAGCAACUCUCAACAGAGAGAAGACCGAGCCGACCCACCUGCUUCUGAUCCUAAAAAGACUGAGAACACAUCAGACAUGCAUGGCAUGCAAUUGGCUCUAGCCCUACCCCAUCAAGUGGCGCCACAGCCUCCGCUUCCCACCAGACCUGUGGAGCAGCAGCAGCCUGCUCCGGCACCACCAUCAAUGCCUCCUCAGAGUAUGACACAAUCGCAGGCAUAUUACCUACCCGCAUCCUCGAUACCAAGUCAUUCAGCUCCAAUCCAAGAACCUCACGGUCAGUAUUUACCAUGCAAUUCUCAGUAUCAAUCUCCCCAAAUGCAAGACAUUUCUAGGAUGGCACCACAGCCAGCACAACCUCAAGUGAAUCAGACAUCACAUAUCCAGCCAUUUCUGCAGUAUCAGCCGCAGUGGCCCCAGCGGAUACCUCCGCAGGUGCAGCAACCACAACAGCCCUCCAUGCAGACCCAGAUUAAACCUUCAUCUGCUACAGUUUACCCUCCAUAUCUGCAUAGCCAACCAGCAAAUCCAUCUCCUCCGGAGACACUCCCAAGCAGCAUGUCAAUGCAGUUGCCCUUUGCCGGAGUUCCUCAGCCGGGUGCGAGCCGGGCCGAACCAAUGCCUUACGGAUAUGGUGGGGCUGGUAGGACAGUUCAGCAACAGCCACCAACUCAGCAUCUCAAGACUGCUUUUGGAGCACAGCCAGGGGAUGGGUUUGCAGCUGCUGGGCCCCACCCUACACUUUCCCCGGGAAAUGCAUAUAUGAUGUUUGACAGUGAAGGAGGAAGGGUGCACCAUCAACCCCAGCAGCCUCACUUCCAACAAAGUGGUUAUCCUCCCACGAGUGUCCCUAUCCAGAAUCCACAACCAGCCAGUAGCUCUAAUGUUAUGAUUCGCCCUCCACAGCUCAUUCGCAACCAUCCCUACAAUGAGCUGAUUGAGAAAUUAGUGAACAUGGGAUAUAGGGGCGAUCAUAUUGUGGGCGUAAUUCAAAGGCUGGAGGAGAGUGGUCAGCCUGUUGAUUUCAAUACUGUGCUCGACCGGUUGAAUGGACACUCUUCUGGGGGUUCUCAGAGGGCAUGGUCCGGGUAAGCAGCUGUUCGCACUAUUUAAACCUAUCCAGUUGCAGCAAGAUCACUGGGUUUUUUAAGUACAUCUUGCGUCGAAUAAAGGCUGUUAUGAUUUGCAAGGUAAUUUGGUAUGUAUAUGUAUUAAAGAUCUAUUGUAUAUUUGUUAUCUCCUCCCAAGGUUUUGUGAUUGGUGGUUAGAUAACGUGUUUUUCAUAUAUGGCAAUAGGAAAACUGUUUGGACAUCUGUGUUAUGAGAUUGCUGUGUUUUUACCUGACAGCUAGUGUUGGGCUACCAUCUUUUGUUGCGUCUGCUAAAAACACUUACUAGUUCCUCUAAAUCAGUCAGUCAGUCAGUCAGUCAGACGUGUAGAUUGAAUCCCAGAAUUUCUGUUUAGUAAAAA